GCCACCUGUCAGUGUCCAUCAGUGCCUUGUGUCAGUGCUCAUCAGUGCCUCAUGCUAGUGCUCAUCAGUGCCAGAUCAAUGCCACAUAUCAGUGCCUACCAGUGCACAUCAAUGCCACAUAUCAGUGCCCAUCUGAGCUGCCUUUCAGUGUCACCCAUCAGUGCCAGUCAUUGCCACCUAUCAAUGUCAAUCAGUGCCGCCUAUCAGUGCCAUGCCCAUCAAUGCCGCCUAUCUGUGUCCAUCAGUGCAGCCUAUCAGUGCCAUCACUGCAGCGUCAUUAGUGCACAUCAGUGAAGGAGAAAAAUCACUUAUUUACAAAAUUUUAUAA